AUGCGAUUCAUUGAUAUUGGAGCAAAUUUGACAGAUCCCAUGUUCAGAGGAAUCUACCGUGGAAAACAUGCUCAUUCUGAUGACUUUAAGCUAAUUCUUCAACGCGCUCGGGAUGCUGGUGUCCAGAAAUUGAUCAUUACAGGUACAAAUCUUGCCGAGUCAGAAGAAGCUGUUGAGGAAACAAAUAAGGAGAGCCAAGGCCCUGCUCUGUAUUCAACUGUGGGAUGCCACCCAACACGGUGUGAAGAAUUUGAUAGCUACCCAUCUGGACCUGACGGCUAUUAUGCAGCACUUUUAAAACUUGCUACUGACAAGAGAGAGAAGAUUGUGGCCAUUGGUGAAUGUGGUUUGGAUUACGAUCGUCUUCAGUUCUGCCCCAAAGAUAUUCAAAAGCGCUAUUUUGAAAUACAAUUUAACUUGGCCGAAAAGACGCGAUUACCCAUGUUUCUCCACAACCGUAACACAAAUGAUGAUUUUUAUGAUAUCCUUUUUGCAUUAACCAAUCGCCACAAGUUCUCUCACGGUGUGGUACAUUCGUUUACUGGCAGUCUGGAAGAGAUGAAAAAACUGGUGGAACUUGACCUGUUUAUUGGGAUCAAUGGCUGUUCUCUAAAAACACAAGAAAAUCUUGACGUAGUCAAGGAGAUUCCUGAGGAUAAGCUUAUGAUUGAAACAGAUGCACCAUGGUGUGAUAUUAGGUCUACCCAUGCCUCUUUUAGCUAUUUAAAACUUGUAGACAAGGCAGAGAUGGAUUUGUAUGCUCCAGCCAGCAAAAAGAAAGAAAAGUUUGAGAUGGGACUUGCGGUGAAGAAUCGUAAUGAGCCUUGUGCAAUCGGAUUGGUGCUACACAUUGUAGCCUCUGUACGCAAGACCGAUCCGCAUGAGCUGGCAGAGAAGAUCUGGCAUAACACAUGCAGUGUAUUUUUCCCAAAUGAACUUUAA